AAGGAGCACACACCCACCAGCAAGAGAGCAAGGCUGCAUUAUUCAACGGAUCCUCUUCUCUACACUCCUCUGGGCCUGUGACUCAUCCCCUCUGCAUCUCUUGCUGAGCCAUUAUUGCCAUGGAAACCCCGAGCCAGAAACGCGCCAGCCGCGGUGCCAGCGGCACCCUCUCGCCCGCCCGCAUCACCAGGCUGCAGGAGAAGGAUGACCUGUGCAACCUCAAUGACCGCCUGGCAGUGUACAUCGACAAGGUGCGCUCGCUGGAGUCUGAGAACGCCGGGCUGCGGAUGCGCAUCACCGAGUCCGAGUCCAUGGUCACCCGUGAUCUGUCGGGCAUGAAGGGCGCCUACGAGACGGAGCUGGCCGACGCCCGCAAGACCCUGGACCAGGUGGCGAGGGAGCGAGCCCGCCUGCAGCUGGAGCUCAGCAAGAUCAGGGAGGAGUACAAGGAGCUGAAAGCCAGGAACAUUAAGAAGGAGUCGGACCUGGAGGCGGCUCUGGCCCGACUGAGGGACCUGGAGGCCUUGCUCAACUCUAAAGAUGCUUCACUCAACACCGCUCUGGGGGAGAAGCGGACCCUGGAGGCUGAGGUGAAGGACCUCAAGGCCCAGCUGGCAAAGUUGGACGGGAACUUGGCCGAUGCCAAGAGGCAACUGCAGGACGAGAUGCUGAGGAGAGUGGACGCCGAGAACCGCCUGCAGACCCUGAAGGAGGAGAUGGAGUUCCAGAAGAACAUCUACAGCGAGGAGUUGCGAGAAUCCAAGCGCCGCAUGGAGACUCGCGUGUUGGAGAUUGACGGCGGGCGGAUGGACUUCGAGAGCAAGCUGGCCGAGGCCCUGUCUGAGCUGCGAGCUCAGCACGAGGAGCAGGUCCGCAUCUACAAGGAGGAGAUUGAGAAGACCUACAUGUCCAAGCUGGAGAACGCCCGUCUGUCCGCUAACAGCAACAGCAACAUGGUGGGCGCCGCCCACGAGGAGCUGCAGCACACGCGUGUUCGCCUGGAGAGCAUGUCAGGACAGUUCAGCCUGAUGCAGAAACAGCUGUCGGCCAGCGAGGCCAAGGUGCGCGAGCUGGAGGAGGCUCUGACGCGGGAGCGGGACCUGAUGAGGCGGCGUAUGGAGGAUAAGGAGCGUGAGAUGGCUGAAAUCCGAGCCCGCAUGCAGCUGCAGCUGGACGAUUACCAGGAGCUGCUGGACAUCAAACUGGCCCUGGACAUGGAGAUCAGUGCGUACAGGAAGCUGCUGGAGGGCGAGGAGGAGAGGCUGCGUCUGUCUCCCAGCCCUCCAACCAUCAAGGUCUCCAUCGCACGGACCUCCGGCUCCGGCCACAGCCACACCAGCCGCCUGCUCCAGUCGGCCACCGCCGCUUCCAGCAGCCGCAACUCCUCCGGUGCGGCCAGCUCCAAGAAGCGGCGCCUCAACGACAACGACAGCGAGACGUCCAGCAUGGCGGGCGGCGCCGUGACCAAGACCCGCCUCAGUCAGCACGCCUCAGCCAGCGGCCGCAUCACUGUGGACGAGGUCGACCUGGAGGGCAAGUUCAUCCGUCUGGGCAACAAGGCCGACGAGGAUCAGCCACUUGGCAACUGGCAGGUGAAGAGACAAGUCGGGAGCGGCACCCCGAUCGCCUACAAGUUUCCCCCGAAGUUCACCCUGAAGGCUGGAGGAACCGUGACUAUCUGGGCUGCAUCUGGCAGCGGAACCCACAACCCUCCCACUGACCUGUUGUGGAAAACCCAGAACUCCUGGGGCACCGGCGACCUGCUGCAGACCAGCCUCAUCAAUGCCAACGGAGAGGAAAUGGCCAUGAGGAAAGUGACCCGCACCCUGUUCCGUGAAGAUGAGGAAGAUGACGACAUGGGAGCUCACAGCACCAGCGGGGGGGAGAAUGAGUACAACCUGCGGAGCCGCACGGUGAUCUGCGACUCCUGUGGGCAGACGUCGGACCGCUCCGGGGGGGUGUGCAGCAGCGGGGGGCUACCUGAUGCCCUUGUGGGACAUUCCUUCUUCAUGGGCAGCAAUGAGCCUAGACAGGCUCAUGGGAAGAACUGCUCCAUCAUGUAAAAACCAAGCAGCUCCUCACUUCAACCUCCUGCAGCCGCUGUAGGAGAAUCCUUUUCUACCAUCGCCCUGAUGUGUCUUUAUUAUUAUUUUUACCUUUUUUUUUAUAUAUAUGAUCUUGUCUUAUUUUGUAUCCACAUUAUUCUGCAGGUUAGAUUUGCUUUGCGGUGUUUUCGGGCGAAGGGCACAGGACUUUCAAAUUCCGCUUUAGAGUUUUGUAUAUUCAAGUUACAUUAUUGCAUGUGUUCUGUGCUGAGGCUUGUACUGUAUCCUGCUUGACUUGCACGCUCUCUCUCACACACACACACACACACACACA